GCGCACCUUGAGGAAAUGUUAGUGCUACGUGCCGGUUCCAUCGUCUCGUAUCGGAACUUCGUUAACACAAUAAGUCCUCUAAUCUCAGCAAGCCGUUUUACGUCGACAAGCAGUUGCGUCAAAAUGCCUAUUAAAAGCAUCAAAGCCCGUCAGAUUUAUGACUCCCGUGGAAACCCCACAGUAGAGGUCGAUCUUGUCACCGAGCUUGGACUCUUCCGCGCAGCGGUACCGUCCGGUGCGUCUACCGGCGUUCAUGAAGCCUUAGAACUGAGGGAUAAUGAUAAAUCGAAAUAUCAUGGAAAGUCCGUUUUUAAAGCUAUAGAAAAUAUAAACUCCAUCAUUGCUCCUGAAUUAUUGAAGGCCAACUUGGAAGUUACACAGCAAACGGAUAUCGAUAACUUCAUGCUGACUGGAACACGGAAUAAAUCCAAACUUGGAGCAAAUGCAAUUUUGGGUGUCUCUUUAGCAGUUUGCAAAGCUGGGGCUCAGAAAAAGGGCUUACCUUUAUACAAAUAUAUUGCUGAGUUGGCUGGCAAUAACAAUAUCGUCUUGCCAGUACCGGCAUUCAAUGUUAUUAAUGGUGGUUCUCAUGCUGGCAACAAGCUGGCUAUGCAAGAAUUCAUGAUCUUGCCUACUGGCGCAUCCAAUUUCACAGAAGCAAUGAAAAUGGGUAGUGAAGUUUACCACCACUUGAAGGCAGGUAUCAAGAAGAAGUUCGGCCUUGACGCCACGGCGGUCGGUGACGAGGGUGGCUUUGCACCGAACAUCUUGGAAAACAAAGAAGCUCUUAACUUGAUCAUAAAUGCUAUUAAGACCGCUGGUUACGACGGAAAGAUCAAAUACGGCAUGGACGUUGCCGCCUCCGAAUUCCACAAAAAUGGGAAGUACGACUUGGACUUUAAGAAUGAGAAAUCUGAUCCGAGCACAUAUCUGGAGCCAGAAGCGCUGAAGAACUUGUACUUGGAAUUUGUCAAAGAAUUCCCGAUCGUAUCGAUAGAGGAUCCCUUCGAUCAGGAUGGCUGGGAUUCUUGGACAGCUUUGACCGCGGCUACUCCCAUUCAAAUCGUCGGUGACGAUCUUACCGUCACGAAUCCAGAGAGAAUUAAGACGGCUAUUGAGAAGAAAGCUUGCAACUGUCUACUGUUGAAAGUCAAUCAAAUCGGUAGCGUGACCGAAUCCAUUAACGCUCAUAAACUCGCCAAGAGUAACGGCUGGGGUACCAUGGUCUCUCAUCGUUCUGGAGAAACGGAGGACACGUUUAUCGCCGACUUGGUCGUUGGUCUGUCGACUGGCCAAAUUAAGACGGGCGCGCCCUGCCGCUCGGAACGAUUGGCCAAGUACAAUCAAAUCUUACGUAUCGAGGAGGAGCUUGGCGCAGCCGCGAAAUAUGCCGGAGAGAAAUUCCGCAACCCUCACGCUUAAAUGAUAUUAUAAUCACAGUUCAUUACCACAAAAUUUUAGCAGUUUGUAAUAUUAUGUGAAUCAGUUAUUCAUUUUUGUGAUCAUUCUAGAUGCAGUGUAAUUUGAGGACAUAUUCUUAACCCAGAUAAACAAUAUUCAUGAUAAACGAUGAUCGAUACAUCAUGCACAAUAAUCGAGAUUAUGCCAAAUAUGACGCAGUUAUAUAUUCUAGGAACUCAUGGAAAGGAGACUAUAGAGAGUAAAGAUGUAAAAUUUA